CAGUCACGAUGUUGGGAAUCAAACACGUUUGGGAAGGACAGAGUUCAGGGUCUCGGUUUUGAGAGGAUUUGUAUGGUGCAGACCUGGCAACCCGGAUACCUAGGUUGUUUUCGAAAACACUAGCGCGGAGCUCAUUAUAACCACUCUACAGUAAUAUUACAUUUGUGUGUCGUAAUAAUAAUUAUAAUGAUAACAACAUGUUGAGGUCAUAUAAUUACGCCGACGUUAUUAUUCGAGAUUACAAAAACAUGAAUUAAUCCGAACAAAACUUGAGAAAUAAUGUAGUGCUAGGCUAACAUUGUUAGCUUCCUCUGGCUAAUAUGUUGGGAGAGAACAGGCGGGUAUCGAAGGCUAACUGCAGCUAAACAAAAAAACAUAUUAGCCAGAUGAAAAAGUCAGUGUAUUAUUUAAAAAAAAACAAAAAAAAAACAAUGUACCCGCAGUUUACAAGCAUGCUAGUCAGUUUGUUUACUCUAUGAAGAAACUCUCGGUCUGUUACUCGCCUAAUUAUCUUGUAUAUAACGUUACUAGCACAUUUAACGGCAGGUUCAGUAUCGGUUUGUGUAAAUUUGACCCAGCCGGAGCGUGUUGUUGUUGUUUAUAGCCGAUUACGGGGCUGAACGCACUCGCGGUGUCUCCUCAUGCAGUCGGAAGAAGUGCGUCUGGGCCGGAAGCGGCCUGUGCCCUCCUGCCCCAACCCUCUGUUCCUGCAGUGGCUCACUGAGAAACGCGAUCAGGCCAGAGCGAGAGGCCUCAAGGCCCAGUAUGUCUAUCAGAAGGCCAUAAAUUCUCUACAGAAGUAUCCUCUGCCACUGAAGAACGGGAAAGAGGCCAAAAUCCUGCAGAACUUUGGGGAUGGGAUCUGUAAGAUCCUGGAUGAGAGGCUUGAGAAAUAUUACCGAGAAAACGGUGCCAGUGCUCCCAUCCACUUCCUCCCAUGUAAUGCUGAACCCUGCAGUGCUGAACCCUGCAGUAGCAACCUGCCUUCCACCCAACCUUCAUCUUACUGCUCCAACAUUCCUGCUGCAGAGGGUGGAAGAGAUAUGAACAGGACUGAGGAUGAUGGAACGAAGAAGAGGAGGGAGUAUGUGCCUCAGAAGAGAUCAGCAGGCUAUGCUGUUCUGCUUACAUUGUACAGACAUUCACAGAUGCCUGGCAGUAAAGGUUUCAUGUUUAAAAAUGAACUGCAGAUCGAGGCGCAGUCCCUUUGUGAUAAAUCUUUCACUGUACCUGAUCUAGGUCGUAAAUACACAGCGUGGUCUUCAGUGAGCGCCCUCAUUCAGAAAAACCUGCUUCAGAAGGCAUAUAGCCCUGCCAGGUACUCCUUGACAGAGCUUGGUCUGGCUGUAGCAGAAAAACUAGAGUCUGAAGAGAGGGGGAGAGAUGGUGGACAAGAGGAGGAGAAGAAAAGUGAGGCUGAGGACUUAGGGGAUGAACCAUUUGUCAUCGACCUGACUCUCGAUGAAGGCAGAGAACAUCGUGAAGGUGAAAACAGCUGCUUCCUAAGAGAUUGGUCUUGCACAGCUGUCUCAGAAACCCCUGCAGGGAGUGCUGCACCUGACUUUGAUCACUCGGAAAAGUGUCACAGCUCCGAGACAGAGAGAGCUGCAUAUCUUCUCCCUGGAACCUAUGACAUUGUGCUUUGUGUCGACUUUUUGGAGACCACUGGGGGAAGCGCGUUACGCAAACAAGAAUUGGUCAAAGAGCUACAGAGAAACGGUGUGGCCUUUGACAUCAGAAAACUAAAUGUGGGAGACUUCCUGUGGGUUGCUCGUGAGAAAGUUGCACCUGUGCCUGGUCAGUUGCAUCCACCUGUGCCAAAAGAGCUGGUCCUUGAUUACAUCAUUGAGAGGAAGCGAAUAGAUGACCUAUGUGGAAGUAUAAUUGAUGGACGUUUCAGAGAACAGAAAUUCCGCUUAAAGAGGUGUGGUCUGCACAAGCCCAUCUACCUAGUAGAACAGUGUGGUUCAGCAGCAGCACACCUCAGUCUGCCAGAGAGCACUCUGCAACAGGCCAUAGUUAAUACACAGGUGGUCGAUAACUUCUUUGUGAAGAGAGUUCAGGAUGUUAAGGAAUCAGCUGCCUAUCUCACAGUCAUGACCAGAUAUCUGCAGAAACUUUAUCAGAAUCGAACACUGUACUUCCGCUCCAGAGAACUGGAAAGAGAUGGAGAGUGUGGCGUAGAGAAGGGAGGCAGGGAAAGCGAAAACCCCUGCUGCUUGCUUAUGUCCUUCACAGAGUUCAACUACGGAGCCUUGAAAAGCAAGUGUCAAACAGUUAGAGAGGUUUUUGCCCGACAGCUGAUGCAGAUCAGCGGAAUCUCUGGUGACAAAGCAGCUGCUAUACUGAAGCACUACAGUACAGUAAGCAGUUUAUUGAAUGCAUACAGCCAGUGUUCCACUGAUGCAGAGAGAGAAAAGCUCCUCUCAUCCAUCAAAUAUGGCAGACUUAAAAGAAACAUCGGGCCAGCUCUUAGCCGGACUGUGUACCAGCUUUACUGUACAGUUGGACCACUAUCAUAAGCGCACAGUGUAUUCCUUACCAUUCUUCAUCAAACUGCACGGCAGUGGUGUGCUUGGUUGCUGCUCUUUUUAAUUUCCUGACAUUUUAGAGAAUUUGCAAAAUAUUUGUGUCAAAUAAAGAUUUACAUUUCAUAUUGUGUUACUGUAGAUGAAUAAUGAACAUGGCUUUGUCAAAGUACAGUGUGAAAGUAAAGUACAAUGAUGUGCUA